AUGAGUCUCCGCCACAACUCGAAACUAUUCAGAGAUCAGUACGCCGACUACCAUGUGUCCACCACCACGCUGCCCGAGUGCACGGAGCGCUUCCACCACCACGACGACGACAUCGUGGACGAGGACGGCGACGUCGUGUCCUCCAGCGUGGGCCUCGACCAAGGCAUGGGGUCCCUGAAAGACCUCUGCUCGGGCACCGCGUCGACGAGCGGUGAUUCGGCACUGGACUCGGUCCUGGACGCGGCGGCCUCCACGUCCAGCACGUCGCCGUCGACGGCCAGCAAGCGCGCGCGCACGGCCUACACGUCGGCGCAGCUCGUGGAGCUGGAGAAGGAGUUCCACUUCAACCGCUACCUGUGCCGGCCGCGGCGCAUCGAGAUGGCGUCGCUGCUGAGCUUGACGGAGCGCCAGAUCAAGAUCUGGUUCCAGAACCGCCGGAUGAAGUACAAGAAGGAGCAGCGCGGCCGCGGCGCGGACGACGUCAAGUCCGUCAAGCCGAGCCUCAGCCCCGCGGCCUCGGUGUCGUCCAACAGAAGUCCGAUUCAAGUAGCUCCCAAUGAAGAAUUGAAAGUUGAAAAAGUGGGGCUUCAAACAACAACGGCCAAGACAUAUCGAAGUUUCUACAUAAAUAGGUUUGAUCAAAGAGCAAACCCAGUACCAUAA